CACUUCCCUUGGCACAAGCUGUAUUAAACGCCGUAGGACAGUUUCCCGCGUCAGCUUGCCUUGAAUCAUUACCGAUAUCUCCCAACUGUAUAGUUUUCUGCAAGGUGCCUUUAGGUGGCACUGUUCGACUGAAACAUAAGCACUGUGGAUUAGCUAACUAGCCCAGGUGUGCUGAACCAUAGUCCCUCCAGAUGUUGCUGAACAACCUCCCAUCCUCAAAGCUCCCAACCUCCCAUCAAAGCUCCCAACCUCCCAUCAGCUCUAGCAAGCAUAGCCAAUGUCCAAGGAUGCUGGGAGUUGUCCUUUGGCAACAUCUGGAGGACUAAAGGUUCCCCCUGCGUGAUUUAGUCCACCAUUCUGUUUCCAAAGGGGGCAGCGACGUAUCUUGUUCCCAUCUCCUCCUCCGGCUUCUCCUCCUCUUUCGCCUACAUGCCCUGAAGGCAGAGGUGGAGCCAAGCUAUAUAGCGCUCCCCUCCGCUUGCGGAGCUGCAAAAGACGCAAGAAGGAGAGAGACACGGAGACUCAGUGCGUUAGCCUCACACCAUGGCGGGUGAAGAAAAUAUCUCCGUAAGGAAUCGCCGAUCAACUUAUGAGACUGCAGAAGAGAAAGAAGACUUGUCAAAGAGGCAUGAAGCAGACAGGUCUUUCCCACAAUCAAGCAAUGGUCAUGUUGAUGUUGACCAUUUGGUCACUCGAAAGAUGCAGCUUUUGGUGGAGGCUGAGCAAAUGAAGCCAGCUUUCAUGCAGCAGAUCGACAGCCACUUUACAGAAUUCAUAAAUGGCUUGAUUGCAAAGUCUGUGCAGCUUGAGUUUUCGCCCCCUGCCUUCUCAGCCAUGUGCUCAAAGAAAGACGGUGGCUUCAAAAGCAAGGAAUUAAGAGCACCUCCAGAACACGGAAAAGUUUUUGUUGCUAGAAAGUCUGUCUUCGAUGAGCUAUUUGAAGUGAAAGACAUCCGGACCACACAUCAUACGUUCAUUGCUUUCUUCAUCAUGAUCAUUCUCAGCACCCUCAUAGUAGACUCCAUUGAUGAAGGAAGGUUGGUGGUGAAGUUUGAUCUCCUGGUCUACGCUUUUGGCAAAUCUUCUGUCGUUGCUUCCACUUGGCUUUACAUGUUCCUGUCCACCCUGACUGUGCCCUAUGGGCUCUUCCUCCUGUGGGCCCAGGGCUACCAUGGUUCCUCCCACAAGACAAUCCGCUCUGCUUUCUUUGGGGGUCUCUUCAUGAUCUUCCAAAUAUUUGCGCUUGGAGUGGUUACAACUUACAUUGUCAUUGCCUACCAUUUACCACCAGCUUCUGCUGGCAUAGUGAUGCUUGAGCAGGUGCGCCUGCUGAUGAAAGGCUACUCUUUCAUUAGGGAGAAUACUUCUCGAAUACUUUCCUUUACGCCACAGAAGACAAACACCGUCCAAGUUCCUAAAGUUUCCCAGUACCUGUAUUUCCUCUUUGCUCCCACCCUUAUAUACAGAGACGCCUAUCCCCGAAAUCCUACAAUAAGAUGGAGCUAUGUAGCUACCAUGUUUGCAGAGGUCCUUGCGUCAGUCUUCUAUUUGCACUAUGUAAUUGAAAUAUACGUCUUUCCUGCAUUUCGGAAAUAUAGUCGAGAGCACUAUGUACGAGGGCUGGCCCUUUGCAUCUUGCACACCAUGCUUCCAUGUAUAUUGGUGACAUUAAUCUUAUUUUAUUUACUCCUUCACUGCUGGCACAAUGCUUUUGCUGAGAUGCUGCGCUUUGCUGACAGAAUGUUCUACAAGGACUGGUGGAAUUCUACAUCUUAUGCAAGGUAUUUCCGAACCUGGAAUGUGGUGGUGCAUGACUGGCUGUAUUACUAUGCAUACAAAGAUUUCCUUUGGUUAUUUGGGAAGAAAUUCAAAGCAGUCGCUAUGCUGUCGGUCUUCACUUUUUCCGCUGUUGUGCAUGAAUACAUCCUGGGGGUCAGCUUUGGUUACUUCUGUCCAGUAUUGUUCUUCUUCUACAUGUGUUUUGGAACGUUUUUCAACUUCAUUGUCAGCGACCGUCGGAAAGGCCCCAUUUGGAAUGUGCUCCUGUGUCUUACGCUUGGGCUUGGUAUAACUAUGGUAAAUUACCUCUACAGCCUGGAAUGGUAUGCCCAUAGGCACUGCCCUUUGAAAAAUCCCACUUUCCUUGACUAUGUGAAACCGCGUUCCUGGACUUGCCAUCUUAAGGUCUGACACCCUUUGGUAUAUCCCUCCGCGUCAAGGCCAGAAGAUGCUUGUCGUUUAAACAAUGACAACAAGUUGGGCUAGCGUGUUAAAAUGACUGCAGACUUUUUAAAGGGAAACUGUCUUUAGCUAUGGCAAAAGUGGGUGCUGUCUGCUACUAAGGGCUGUAUCAUUCCCAUUUUAGCCAGAACCAGUGUCUUCAGGGGUUCCUGCUCUCUAGCUAAGGACACAAGCGGACCUGAUGCUGUUUAUGCAAUUAGUUCUUUUGAAAAUAAAUAGCAUCUGUCGAGCCCCAAUGUGGAUUGGAAUUGAGGCAUGGGUCUGAGGAGCUUUAACAAUAGGCUCCCAGUUUUGAUCAGGGGGAUCCCCACAGUGCUAUGUGAGACAGCCUUGGGUGGGUGGUGUGCUUAGAGCUACAGAAGGAGGGACUGUGUCAUUGUGAAAAACAAUACCCCUAUAUUGCUGACUGCUCACUGUGUAGUCUAUAAUCUGGAGCUUUUCUCUCAGCCGCCCUAAAGUGCAUUUCUGACAUGUUCUAAGAGUGCAAAGGAGGGGCGGCUAUGUACUAGCGUAGGCACAUAGGGGAAAUGCAAGUUUUUGUGUGUUCUUGAGCUGCUGUCCUUUGUAUUGUCCUAAAUUUGGUGCCCUAGUAAAUUCUAGGUGCUGGCAGCUUUUCUCAUGUCAUCUAACUGCAGCAAAAAAUAAAAAGAAACUUAAUUCUGAUUUAUACUGCAGAAAACAGCUUAAUCAGUAUUUUGAUAUGACCCAAGUGUAUUGCCAUUUAGCUAAGCCAUGUGUUCCAGGUUUAUUUGACUAAGGUGGGUGUGCCAUUGAUAAUUUUUGUGGAUUUUGGGGGAAGUGCCACCUGGACUGAAUAUUAUGAACAGUAGUUUCAAGAUGCCAAACGUCAAGUACAGUAUUUAAUCUAGUUCAAAACUUUAAAAAUUCACUGAAACAGUAUCCACUUUUGGAGAAAGAUGAGGAAAUAUGAGCAUCUGGAUUUGGAUCAACACCCUGUGUAAGCUCUGAAGGAGUCUGAUAAGUAACCUUAACAAACACACUGUUUUUAGAGGCUACUCACUUGCAGGUUCUAGAUAGAGGUGUGAGGGAGAUUUCUGUUCCUAGAACAUUACAAACUAUAUGUGCAGAUUGUAGUAUUGCUAAAUCAGUGUUAACAUGGUAGACUCAUCCAUUCCAAAAAGCUUUUUGCUUUUGUUUUUAAAUUGUCUAUGAUGGCACUGUAAUUGUCAUUAUAAGAUGGCCGGGAUCCACCCAAAGAAUUUUCAUUGCAUUGUGUCCUUUUCUGCUGCUUGUUUAAAGAGAACCCCCCCCCCCAAAACCUCCAUCUUCAGAAUAUAAUUUGAGAAUUUUAUCAAAUAAUUCCUGUUGUCUUUGGGAAAUACGUGUACUUUUUUCUAAGGGGGACGUGUGGGAAGAUCAGUAUACUAAUUGUAAUCAACCUCAUGCUUUGGGACUGAAUCUGUGAGUGUAAACUGGAUGGGCACAACAUGGUUGCAAAUCUCUUGCGAAUGAUCUACACAACUGAUUGUAACGAGGCAUCCUGUUAACCUGGAAGGUGCUGGAUUGCAAGGCUGUAGUUUUCCUCUUUCUCAGAGUGAGUGAUGGGAAAAUUUUCUUGCACAGAUGGUGGUGAGAAGAGGACAAACUGUACCUGACACUGGAAUGGUCUUCCCAAGCCUCACUUGCAUCUUUUGUAAUAUGGAGAACAUUAUGGGUCAGGGAAGGUUGUUGAUGGUGGGAUAUAGAAUUGUUCACUGAUUCCAAAAUGUAUUGAACUGUCUGUUGUGACCUAUUCUGUUACUUGCAAGGGAUUAUGUGAUCUAUACUGUACUACAGAAAUUGAAAUAUAUUUUGCUAUCCAUGAAA